GGGCGGGGGAGGCGGCGGGGUAAAGCCGGCGGCCGGCGGGGCCCUCGGGUCACUCCAGCCUGGGCGGCGGGCGGCGCGCACCAUGCCCUCCUUCGACGAGGCGCUGCAGAGGGCCGGCGAGUUCGGGCGCUUCCAGCGGCGCGUGUUCCUGCUGCUGUGCCUGACGGGCGUCACCUUCGCCUUCCUCUUCGUGGCGGUGGUCUUCCUGGGCAGCCGGCCCGACCACUACUGGUGCCGCGGGCCGAGCGCCGCCGCGCUGGCCGAGCGCUGCGGCUGGAGCCCCGAGGAGGAGUGGAACCGCACGGCGCCCGAGCUCGGGGGCCACGGGCACUGCCAGCGCUUCCUCCUGGAGGCGGCCAACGCCACCGCCGCCGCCGCGCUCAGCUGCGCGGACCCGCUCGCCGCCUUCCCCAACCGCUCAGCGCCGCUGGUGCCGUGCCGGGGUGGCUGGCGCUACGCCCAGGCCCACUCCACCGUCAUCAGCGAGUUUGACCUCGUGUGCGUCAACGCUUGGAUGCUGGACCUCACGCAAGCCAUCCUGAACCUGGGCUUCCUGGCCGGAGCGUUCACCUUGGGCUACGCAGCGGACAGGUACGGCCGAAUAGUCAUUUACCUCAUAUCCUGUUUCGGGGUUGGCGUCACCGGCGUGGUGGUGGCAUUUGCGCCCAAUUUCCCUGUCUUCGUGGUCUUCCGCUUCUUGCAAGGCGUGUUCGGAAAGGGGACGUGGAUCACUUGCUACGUGAUUGUGACAGAAAUCGUCGGCUCCAAGCAAAGGAGGAUUGUGGGAAUCGUGAUUCAGAUGUUUUUCACCCUUGGAAUCAUAAUCCUCCCCGGAAUCGCCUACUUUAUCCCCAAUUGGCAGGGGAUCCAGCUGGCCAUCACGCUGCCCAACUUUCUCUUCCUCCUUUAUUACUGGGUGGUUCCCGAAUCUCCCCGCUGGCUGAUUACUCGGAAGAAAGGCGACAAAGCGCUGAAAAUUCUCAGGAGCAUUGCCAAGUGCAAUGGGAAGUAUCUCUCGCCCAGCUACUCAGAGAUCACUGUUUCAGAUGAGGAAGUUAGUAAUCCAUCCUUUUUAGAUCUGGUGAGAACUCCCCAAAUGAGGAAGUGCACACUUAUUCUUAUGUUUGCUUGGUUCACCAGCGCCGUGGUGUACCAGGGGCUGGUCAUGCGCCUGGGCAUCAUAGGAGGCAACCUCUACGUCGACUUCUUCAUCUCCGGCGUCGUGGAGCUGCCGGGAGCGCUUCUCAUCCUCCUGACCAUCGAGCGCAUCGGACGCCGCCUCCCCUUUGCAGCGAGCAACAUCGUGGCCGGAGUGGCGUGCCUGGUCACGGCCUUCCUACCCGAGGGAAGAGCAUGGCUGAGGACCACGGUGGCCACCCUGGGCAGGCUGGGCAUCACCAUAGCCUUCGAGAUCGUGUAUUUGGUGAAUUCAGAGUUGUACCCAACGACGUUACGAAACUUCGGCGUUUCGCUGUGCUCGGGCUUAUGUGACUUUGGGGGAAUCAUAGCCCCGUUUCUGCUCUUCCGACUGGCCGCCGUCUGGCUGGAGCUACCUCUCAUCAUCUUCGGCGUCCUGGCGUCGGUCUGCGGCGGCCUCGUGAUGCUGUUGCCCGAAACCAAGGGCAUUGCCUUGCCGGAGACGGUGGACGAUGUCGAAAAACUCGGCAGCCCGUAUUCCUAUACGUGUGGCAGGAAAAAGAAAACCCCAGUUUCCAGCUCUCACCUUUGAGGCCCCUGCCAAAGACGAGAGGGAGGAGCCGCCCCCCACCCCCGCGGGCGACCCCCCAGGACCUGGAGUGCCUUGCAGAGACGUGUGUGUCCACGACUCCAGCCGCGCGGCGCGGCGUGGCUCCUGCUGUUGUUAAUACUCCACAAAGACGUCCACACCAUCCAGAGUGGUUUUCAUAUGAUGUGGGAGAAGAGGUGUUUUUCUGACCGUGGGCAGUGCCUCCGCCGACCCACCAGUUACAGAGAGACGACAAGAGAAGCCCCCGUCCAGCCCCUCCAACAGCUCCGUCAGAAACAGAGGAAACGUGCGCAGAACCGGACUCCCCGAAGCCGGCCGAGGAACCGAGGCCCUGGCCUGAGCGUCGGGAAGGCUCCCGGGAUGAUGGAGACCCUGGGACAGGCAGGGCUGAGCCUGUGCUCCCCCUUCUCACCUCGAGCUCCGGGAGCGCCGGCAGCAUCGGGGCUGCAGGCGCCUUCAGGCCUCGUGCCACAGACCAGCACACAUCGGCGGAGGAAUCGAUUAUUAUAAAGCCAGGUUGGGUCCCAAGAUGCCGGGGUGGGGGGGGUGGUUUUGGUCCUCCCUGGGGGGACACCUACCUGUUCUUUACUGAACAAAACCCAGGGCGUGUGAAUGAUUUCAUGGGCUGCAGGACUUUAACCGUAAGGGGGUAUUUAUCUUAUAUGUGCGAGUUCGGUUCUCGGACCGUGCCCACGGUCAAGAGGGAAAAACACGGACGGUUCUCCUUCCACCCAGACACUCUUCACUUGUCUCGGCAAGUAGCUUACACUUCAAUGUGAAAGAAAGGUCAAGUGUAUCCAUGCUGAGAAGAAUGAGCAGAGACUGUAUGGGUGACUGCGUAGGUGUUAAUAAGGGAUCGGAGCUUCCUCUUGGCGUUACUGAGACUUUGACACGGGGGGCUGAAAUACACACACGCUGUCUUUUUCCGGGGUCCCGCCUCGGACGUCUGCCCUCUUGCUUGGUAUACUCGCAGAGUCCGUAUCUACCUUUUGCAGAUUUUUUUUUUUAACGACUUCUUCUGUGUAGACAGGCCCCCUGGGCACCAAAGGGAAGUCUUGCCAACGGGGGGAAUCUCUCUGUGAACGCGUGACAGAGCGGACGUCGAAGUGUGUGCUGACCGCGGACCCCAGAUCCCCGUCCCCCGACGGAGCGGACCCCGCGCUGUCCGCUGCGCGCGGCCCUCACCUUCCCCUCGUCAGCUUUCUUUGCGUUUCUCUUUGCUGCAGGGUGGCUGCCCCCUUUCAACUGUAUUUUGAGUUUGAGACUUCGGUUCUGAGAACAAUAAAAAUGUUAAAAUUGUC